AAGUCCGAUAUGAAACGGCACCGUUGCACAUGGUGGGAUCAAAGCGGUAUAAAAAACGGAUGGUGAUGACUGAUAGAGAGCAGCCAUUAAUUAGAGCAGCAGGGGAGGAGAAAGGCAAAGAAGAUAAAAUGGAAAUAGCUGUUAAAACCCUGUUCUUGGGAUUAAACCCAAAGUUAAUAAAUCACAAAAAAACACCAGGUAUCAUCUUUCCAAAUCUUUCCUGCAAAUCAGCAUCUGUUUCCCAUCAAACAAGAUACAGGAAUCAAGGAUAUUGUGCAAGGUUAAGGGAAAACCACAGAUGCUUCUCUCCUGUUUUUUCUGUACUAUCAGGUGCACAAGAUGUUGGAGUAUCGACUUCUCAGUUUGAAGAUUUCUCUGUAAUGGCUUCAAGCACCGAUGAGGCUGGAGAACUAAGGAUUAAUGUAGAGGUAUCUGGUGCUAAAACUAGAGAAAUUUUUGACAAAGUUUUUGACAAAAUGGUGGCUGCAGCCCAGCCAAUUCCAGGUUUUCGAAGAGUAAAAGGAGAUACCAAGAGACAUUUUGUUGGAAAUCCUUGGACCUUCAAAAGUUUACAAGGAAGUGAUCAAGAAAAUGAUAAACUCUACUGUAGCCGAGUAUGUUGAAAAGGAAGGCCUAAAAGUAGGUAAAGACUUGAGAGUUGAUCAGAGUUUUGAAGAUCUUGAAGACGCCUUCGAACCAGAUGAAAAAUUCAGCUUUGAUGCAAUAAUUUGGCUUCGAAAAAAUUAAUGAACAAUGUGCUGUAGUUUGAGAAUUAAUCAAAUUUUGUAUUAUUUUGAUUAAAUUAUAUAUUGAAUCAGAAUUUAGAUAAGGUGCAAGCUAACAGAGUUGAUGGCCAGAUACUGUAAAUGGCAGGAUGUUCCUCUUUAUAUGACUCUGUCUAUUGUGAAGGAACCAUUUUGAAGCUUCUUGACUCUUAUACUUCCAUUUAGGAAGAGUUGACAAAAGCCAUCUUAAGUUGAAAGAGUCAAUACCUAUCUGUAAUGAGAAUUUUUAACAUAUAUUGUAAAACAAACUACGA